CGAAAACCGAAAAAUCGGGAUCCGUAGGGAGGCGUGCAAUGACCGGGACCGACUCGUGCACACGUGAUCUCGAACGUACACGCUCUAUCUAUCCGCCUCGAACUUUCUCCAUCGAAAGCCUGUUUCGUCGAAAAUAAAAAAAGCCCUGAGAAACGAUCAAAAGCGAAUGUGGCUUUUCGUUCCACCGUCGCUUCUUUUCUCACUACGCUUGCUUCGAUGCUCUUUCGAAUUUCAUACGUUUGAGUUUCAAUUAGAAUAACGAUCAGGUCGCUCGGUCAACAGUAGACGAAUUAGUUACCCUCGAUCGAACGAUUAGAAAUCGUUUUCAUUCCGGUUUACGUGGUGUGUUUUUUUGGAUAACUUUUGGUUGGACGAUCGAGCCGAUUGAGUUUGACACCGGAACUACCAAAAUGACCGAUUUAUAAUUUUUGUUGGACAUUUUGCAGAUGCAAGACAAUGUAUUUGUGAAGAUUUAAAUGAUUUUUUUUCUUUCGAAAUGAUUUAAAAUAUAUAAAUAAAAGUUUGCGUAUUUUUUACUCUAAUAUUUUUUUUCCUGAAUGGAAAUUUUAGGCUUUUCAUCGUCGAUAGUUGUAGUAUUAAGUCGUUCGAUUAAAAAGUUCAUGCUCAUCUUGUAAUUUAUAAAUAUGGCUUUUGGAUUUUAAAGUUUUUAGAGGAAGUGAUAUUUCCUAAAAUACCACUUCUUUUGUAAUUAUCGUAUGUUAUCGAGUACAACGAUCAUUUACUAAAUCCAACAAAACAAAAUCGGGCCGAUUUUUGCAAAAUAAGUCGCCUCUUAAGGAGCUAGUCGCAAUUGCUGACGACACACCUAAGAUCUCUUUAACCAUUAAUUAUGGAUUGAAAAACAAAAUACCAUGCAACCAGGUGAUGAUAUAAACUUUUUAAUGAAACGAUUUGAGGUCGAUCAACUCAGUUGCCCGACCAAAAGCUGCUGCACCAGUUGAACGCAAACCUUCAACAGGUAGUGUCGAGAACAGAAACAUAGAGGGAACUUUAUUUGCUAAUUGUUGAGUUUUUGAUAUUCCAUCUUUGAUUGCAAGUUUCUGUUUGGAUCUUGCUAAUGCAUGGCGAGAUCUACCUAGCACGGUGACGUUCAAAAAGAAGAAGUUAUAUAUCCUGGUCGGUUUACUCUAUAAAAAGCCACGGUCACUGAAACAUUGGUACUUGUUCAUUUGGAAUUCGCGUAGGAAAUCUCGUUGCUUUUAUUCUGGGAACCCGUAACCGUUUGCGAUUGGCUCGUAACACUCGGUGCAAUGCAGCAGCUUCCUUUGCUUUGUGAUUUCUUGAUCAUUCUCUCGAAUCUUCCCGUCGACUUCUUCAACGUACUCUAAUCUUAUAAUAGUUACAGUCGAAGGAUCUUAGAAACUUGAAUGAAAUGGGAUAAAAUCAAUUUUAAAAAAGAAGGAAACAAUUGCAAGAAAUUCGAAUUGAAUAUCAAUACUAUUGGUAUACAGUGUGCCGCUAAUUUUACUUUAUUAACAUGUGAAGUGAAAAUAAUACAAACAUUGAAAAUUGUACACAAGAUCGAUUACACAGUCUUUUAAUAUAAAUUUUACAGCAACUGAAUACUGUGUUCAUCGAUAAACUUGCUAUACCAAAAUAUUGAUUGUUAUUCGUAUCAUGAAGGAUAGUAUAAGCAAAUAUUGAGAUUGUUUCGUAUCUUCGUUGCUAUUGUAACUACGUAUUAUAUAUUCGAUUACCAUUAUUUCGUUACUACAUGUUUGUAUGGUUUGUUACAGCUACAAAAAUAAUGUUGAAAUAUUCAUGAAAACAUCGUUUAAUAAAUAAACUGCAGAUAGAUUAUAUACUUUGGAUUUAAUAGACCGUUUAAUUUGUUUGUAGAUGAAUUAUUUAAUUGUUUGACAAGUUUGCGGAUCUAGACUGCUUAAUCCCCUAAAAAUACACAAUAUUAGUGCAACCUUCGCAAUAAAAAUAUAAUCGUCUCUUUAUCAUUAUCUUUCACGGAGCAAGGAAUAUGUACAUGCGCGUGUAUAAAAAGUAUAAAAGUGUAAAAACUCACCCUUUUGCAGAAGAGACGCGACAACCCGAAGAAAUCGCGAGCGACUUCGUUCCAAAAUAUUCAAAAUUCCCGGGCUGAUCAGACACACGCGGCAGCGUGAGAUUCCCUCCGAAAAUCCCCAAUUUUGCCAUUCGUUUCCAGGAAACGGAAAGCGCCGAGGAAGAUCACGGCAAUUGGCGGACAGGCGAGUCCUUCUUCCACCACGAAGAAGCUAGGAACACGCGUGUUGCGCAGUAGCCGACGAGCAGCAAAGGUUCGUGACACCCGAUGUGGAUGCAUUAAAAGGGCUCGUUAAAGGUCCGUCUCUCUGGUCGUUAAGCAUUGUUUAGGUCCGCUGCUGGACACGCCAGAGGCCCGGUUCCUGAGACCAGUCCGCCCGGUCGAUCGGGCGAGAAGGCCGGAUCCUUAGGAGAGCGAGACGGGCGCAUGAAAAAGAGGGGAAAAAAUGAAAUAGAAAGUGGUCUGUCCGGUGCAUACGAUGUACAGUGUGUGUGAACAGUCCGCGAGGCGCCUCCUUCUGGACCCUUACCCCCGGCCUGUUCCUAUUCACCACGUACUAUAGCAAAUUCGCGAUGCUCUCUUCAAGCCUUCCACAGCAUUGUGCUCGCAUUUCUCGUGCGGUUGUCGGCUCGGAAAGUAUCUUCUGGCUUAAGCUGUCGCAAAACAUCUUCGGUCUUGGCAACAAUGACAAAUUUCCUAUCCCUUCUGGUGCUCACUCUGGCUUGCGUAAUUGUCCACGCCCAACAAACAUCUGAUCAAAAACCUGUUUUCGGGCAAACGUUCGACGAAAUUGUAGUCUCGUCGGAUCUAAACGUUAGAAGGAAAUCGAAAGAAAGCCGUCAGGGUAAAAGAUUGACGAACAUACCAUCAGGAACCACCGGCCCACCAGAAAAAUCCACCGUACUUGCGUCCAGAUUCGUUUCCAAUGACGGCAGUCGAAUCACCUCGGAGAAAACCAAAUCGAAACGCGACAUUUCAAAUUUACAGAAAAGAAGCUUAAGGAGAAUGGACCGAUCGAAUGAUAAUCUUGUGUCGCAAGUUGCAAAUGAAAUCGAAAACGUUACAGAAUCACUGAACGCGAGCGCUCUUACGAUUGGAGAGAAAACGAGGCGAAAAGCGAAAGUCGCUGGAAGAUCGGACGCACGGAUUUCCUUGACGCGCGAGCCGAAAGAUGGCGGCGCGCUGCGAAAUCGUGGAAUAUCCGAGCCGAUCUUCAUUCUCACGAGUCUUUGUUUCAACCCUCAACCCCUUUAUCCUGGUGAUGCGCUUGGUGUUUCCGGUGCAAGUCAAACGCCAUUUUGUCUCGAACUUGUACUAGACUAUAAUGCGAAGGAUUCGUUUUUAGGAAUCAUGCAAACUACAAGUAUUAGUUUCCAAAAUAUAAAUAAUAUUGUUCGCACCAAAAAAUCGAUUGGACUUAAUAAUACGAGAAAACUAACUAGAGGUACUAAAGUUUCAGUUUCACGAGCAACUUUAACAUUUUAUCCGCGAUCAGAGCACGGAAGUGUCGUUCGCAUCGAUUCCACUGAUCGAUUUUCAUUGAACAAUAUCAACGUCCGAGGACAAACAGGUGCGACCGAGACAGAUCUCGUUUCGCAUCGAGAUGCAGAAUCCGUAUCCGUCGUUGUGAGAAUACCCGUGGGCGUUUAUAUCGACUAUACACCUGCGACUAUUUUAUGUCUUCCCUGGAAAGGUUGGACGAUAAAUUCCAGUCGGCCUAUCCGGUCCGUCGAUCCUCUGACUGCUGAUCAGAAAGAUCAGUAG